UUCAAUCUUGCCUAUAUGAAACAAAUUGACUUUAAUUAAGCAUUAUGCAAAGCGCCAAUCUCUCAGAGCGCUAAUCCGCAAAGUUUGCCUCAAUUGCGGUUCCAGCACCUAAAUUAGUCGAGCAGCGACACUCAGCCCGUUCACUUGCAACAUGAAGAGCGACGAGAUCAUCGAGAAGAUUCGCAACAAGUUGAAGGAAUCGGAUCCUGCCCGGCGCACCGUCGUUAACACGUUUCAGUUCAACUUCACCGACGUGGAUGGUAAUCUCAUCAAGAGCAUGGUCUUUGAUUUCAAAGCAUUGGACAUCUACGAGGGGAGUGCUUCCGGUGUCGAUGCGCAGGUCACCAUUUCCGAUGAGGACUUUUACUUGGUGGGCACUAAACAAAAGACUUUCCAGGAGGUGUUGCAGCAGGAGAAGGCCAAGAUCGAUGGCGAUGAGGAAGCCAUCAAUAAAAUGCUGGAGAAGUUUCGCAUAAAUUCUCAAAACUAGCUCAGCGACACGAUGUAAUGAUACACCUUACAUUUAUUCGUAGUUUCUCAAUAACAAAUUAUCACAAAUGAAAAUUGUUUACAUGUUCUAAGGAAAGGCGCAUUUUAUAAAUUAAACAUAGUUAACUAAAUUUAGAAACCAAAAAAAUAAAAAAGAAAUCAUCCCACGAAUAGAACAGAGUCAAAAA